AUGGGUCGAUUCAGGGAUUUGGAUUCAGAGUAUCGUGACCCAUCUCUUCCCAUGAUCAAACCUCGGUUCCCCUUCCGCUGGGUUUCCCUCCCUCUGGGUUUCCCUCCCUCAUGGGUUUCCCUCCUUCUGGGUUUCCCUCCCUUUGGGAUUCCCUCCCUUUGGGUUUCCCUCCCUCUUGGUUCCUACCCUCUCCCCCUGGUUUCCUCUCCUCUAACCCUUGGCUCCUCGUCUUUCGGGUUCCUCUCCUCUCCCUUCGGGUUCCUCUCCUCUCCCUUCGGGUUCCUCUCCUCUCCCUUUGGGUUCCUCUCUUCGCCAUGUGUUUUCCUCUUCUCGUCCUCUGGUUUCCCUCUUCCUCCCAGGUUCCUCUUCUCUCCCUCUGGUGUGCUCUCCUCUCCCUCUGGGUUCCUCAUCUCUUCCUCUUGGGUUUCCUUCAUUUCCCUCUGCAUUCCAAUCCCUCUGGGUCCCCUCCUCUUUUGUGCAUGA